AAAGGGAAUUCAAGCUAUAAACUUCCGGUCCCGUGGUGUGACAGAAGGAAAGUGGAUGGAGCUCAGCCUGUGGCGGUGUUAUCAGCUGUAUAUGUGUGAGAGACCUCGGACUGCACUGGGCUUCACCGCUCAACACUUGCACCUUAACUAAAGGCAAGCGAGGCCAGCGCACGUCUACCUGAACCAGGGUUAAAACUUUUGUUUUUUUUAAAAAGGGAGAGACGACGAUAGUUCCCUCUGCUAAGGUCCCUCCACGUAUGUAGAGGAGGCAAAUCUAGUGGAAAUAUCCUAGCACGUUAUAAACACUCGUUCUACGACCCAAGAGCACAAGUGCAUUGUAUCUGGCGAUUUCGUUCUCAAGCCCAGUUGAUUUCCUUUGCCGCUGGCCGCUUGCAGUGUGAGUUUGCGUCCGUGAACGGGUGUGUUUUUGUUUCGCCGGGAUCUCAGCUUGUGGUGGCUACUCCCGGCCCAGAACUGCACCGAUGAGCUGCGCUCCUGGUCCCACAGGCGACCCGCAGCAGGAAUAUCGAGCAGCUCAUCCAUCCGUCCAAAGAUCCGGCGUCUCUCCACACCCUCUCCUCUCCCCGAGCACUUCACUCUCGCAGUACAUCGGUGCAAGGAGAUAGAUAUGGCCUCUCUCAGUCUGGGGCUGAAUUUCUCCCGCAAGAAGACCAUGGCGAAGAACGCUGCGAUAGAGCGGAAAAACCUCAUCACUGUCUGCAGGUUUUCUGUUAAGACUCUAAUUGAUCGCUCCUGUUUCGAGACCAUUGAUGACUCGUGUUCAGAAUUUACAAACUUUGCAGCUAUUCUGGAGCAAGUCCUGAGUCAUCGUCUCAAAGGUCAAAUAAACUGGUUUGGUUAUGAAAGCCCUCGAAGCUUCUGGGACUUCAUCCGUGUAGCUUGCAGCAAGGUUCCCCAUAACUGUAUCAGCAGCAUUGAAAACAUGGAGAACGUAAGCUCGUCAAGGGCAAAGGGCAGAGCAUGGAUCCGAGUAGCACUCAUGGAGAAGCGUCUGUCCGAGUAUAUCUCCACUUCUCUAAGGGACAUCAAAACAACCAGGAGAUAUUAUGAGGAUGGGGCAAUUGUACUGGGAGAAGAAGCAAAUAUGCUUGCUGGUAUGUUGCUUGGACUCAAUGCUAUUGACUUCAGCUUCUGUUUAAAGGGUGAGAGUUUGGAUGGCAAUUGUCCUGCUGUCAUUGACUAUACCCCAUAUCUGAAGUUCACACAAAGCUCUGAGAGUAUUAGCAGUGAUGAAGAGGAGUUACGGACUCUAGGAAGCAGCGGUAGUGAAGGCAGCACACCUGAGAACAUUGGCCCACCAUUCAUUACUGAUGAGCACAGCUGGUAUAACAAAUGCAAGCGAGUGGAGCAGAAAUUCAGGCUGGCAUUGGAACAGAAGGGCUAUCUGGAAGAGUUGGUACGUUUGCGAGAAGCUCAACUUGCAGAGUCAGUAGCUCAAAACAAAAUUGUCUUGCAGCAAAUGGAGGAGACAGACCUGAACCACAAACUGGAGAAAGAGCAACUGGAGUUCAUCAUCCUUGAACUGCAGGAUCAGCUAGCAGUUUUAAAAAAUAAUGAUUUGAGAUCAAGACAAGAAUUAACAGCACACCUUACGAAUCAGUGGCCUUCCCCUGGAGCUUUGGAUGCAGACGCUGUUGCUUUAGAUACACUUCUGUACAGAAAACAGUGUGGACAGUGGGAUGAGCACAGUUUUCAAAGCUUGGAGCAGCUCUCAGCAGAGAUCAGCCUUUCUUCAACUUCAUUAGAUCCAUUGCACCCACAGAAAGAGGGUGAGGGAAGACAUGGAAAUUCAAAAAGUGAUGGGAAGGAGGACACUCCCUCAUUACUAGGUCUAUGUGGAUCCCUGACCUCUAUGACAAGCUACAAAUCUCUUACAAGCUUGAAAUCAAGUGAAUAUCUUGCAAGUCCAAAUGCUGAGAUUAACAGCCCAGGGCUCACUCCAUUUUAGGAGCAAGUUAUCAUCCAAGCCAGGGUGAACCCAGUAUCUUGGUAUGCACUAAAGUGACAUCCGGAUUAUUCAAUGAAUCCUGACAACUUGAGACUUUAUGAAUAGGUCCAAUAAUUUUAUUUAAGCAGAAAACCAACUGAAAAUGCACUGCUGCUCUGUUUCAUGAUACCAUAACCAUCUGCAAAAGAUUCGGCCCACUUCAUGCAGAGUGCUUUACUUGAAUGUGUUGCUUUGGGAAUUGUUCCAGGUAUACAAAGUGUCAGUUGUACUGGUUGUCUUGUUUCUUUCCUUCCUAAAAUGCCUGCUUCAAGCUGUCUUUUCUUCUGUAAAAGUGUUAUUUGUUUACUGCUGAAAUUUUUUUGAAGGUCCAAGCAAUAUGCUUGUGUACUUAUGGAUCAAAGAGGAUGUUAAAAUGUCCAAUUAAUUUCGUGCUUAAAAUGUUACUACUUUUACUGGUGAUUUUAAAGUGCAAUUAGUUUGUUUUUUUUUGUUGUUCUAAUCGAGUUUGCAGAUUUCAUUUGUUGAUGUGCUUUUGUUUUGAAGAACCUCCAUCUAGCUUCUUGCAUUCUAACUGCUCGGAUCAAAGCCAUUUUCCACAGAUGCAAGUGAAGGUGAUGCCUAAUUGUUGUUUUGAAUUACUUGGUUCAAUUGAAAUGAUGCCUUUUGACAUUCUGCCAGGGCUGAAUUUAUCAAUGUUAAUGUAAGAGUUUUGGAUGCCUAUUUCAAAAGAAAGUAAAUGGCAGCAAACAUAUUUGGUGAUAUUCCUGGUUUUUAUGUAGUUGCCAGAUGGUGGUGUUCACAUUGUGGCAGCAACUGUACAUUUACUCACCUAGGGAACAAGUACCGGUUGCCAAUCAAUCUUGCACUGGUUCUAAUGCCAUAUUUCAUAUUGUAAUUGUCUAACUUCAGUGUAAUUACAUCGGACAACUAUUGUUUCUGAUACAUUUCCCUGUGCUAUAGAAAGAAAAGGAACCCACAUUUAGCCACCUCUGUAAUGAUAAUGUUUUGCAACAAAUUGAAUCAAAUCACCAAUUAAACACAUUGGGAAUUGGCAGGUGCCUUUUUUUAUGCAUUUAAGUAUGUAGUGAAAAGAACAUUGCCAUCAAUGUAGGGUACACUGAAAUUAUUUAUUUCCUGUAACCAGGCAUGUUUUCCCCAAAGACUUUCAAUUUUAAAUUUAAAGUUGCUUUUCAAUCUUCGACCCUGUUGCAUUUGCAAUAUUGUCACCCUUUGAUCUUUUUACAUGCACAUCAACUGUUUGUGUGGUCUGUGUGAUGUUUUAUUCUACAUGGCUUAAAAUCACAAUGAAUGAUUCCUCACGUUUACUUUGAACUGUUUACACACAAAACUAAUCACAGGGGCAUAUGGUUAUUUUAAAAACAAUUGACAUAAUCAUUUCACCCUAUUUUUAAUGUUUACAUUUAAAUACAAUCUGUUUGUCAGUAGGCAUUUUAUUGUGUACUGAACUAGUAUUAAACUAGUAUUAAGCUGCUGGUAAUGUGUACAUACUGCAUGGUAAGUUUUUCUUUUAGCACCAGUGUUUGUUCACAGAAUAUUUACUUUGUUCAGUCUUGUCUAAAGGAGGAAAAGGCAAUGCCAAAACUAUAUUAUUAAUUUCUGCCUUGAUAAGUUAUGAGAGUCUUAAUAACUGCAUGUAUAAUAAAAGUGAAAC